AUGUUGGGCACAACGAAAAGGCGGAAUCCACUGGCGUAUGUCGUGUUCUUUUCUUUAAGUGUGGUGCAUGCACAGGUCAGUUACUCCAUUGCUGAAGAAAUGGCAACAGGUUCUGUGAUCGGAAAUAUAGCGCAGGAUUUGGGUUUGGAUUUGCAUAGACUGAAGUCGGGGGAGGCACGCAUUUAUUCAAGAGACAGCAUGGAAUACAUUGACUUCAAUAAAGAGAGAGGUUUUCUUCUCAUUAAAGAGAGAGUAGACAGGGAAGCGCUUUGCGCAAAAACGACUCCGUGCGCUUUACAUCUCCAGAUGAUUCUUGAUAACCCAAUGGAACUGUACAGAAUAACAAUCGAAAUCACGGACAUAAAUGAUAACGCUCCGACCUUCAAGGAAGAGCAGAUUCAUUUUGAAAUUAGCGAAUCCGCUAUGGUGGGUGCUAAAUUCAUGUUAGAGAAAGCACUUGAUCCAGACGUUGGGAUAAAUGGUCUUCAGCGUUACUCGCUCAAACCGACCGACCAUUUUGCUUUAAAAUUGCACAGUCAAGAGGAUGGCAGUAAAAACGUGGAAAUGGUGUUGCAGAAAAUCCUUGACAGAGAACAGCAAGAGAGAAUGUCUUUGACGUUAACAGCGAUAGAUGGCGGCGAACCAGAGAUGUCUGGCACAGUUCAGAUAUACAUAACUGUCCUGGAUGCUAAUGACAACGCUCCCGUCUUUACUCAGAAAAUAUACAAAGCCACUAUAAAGGAAAACGCACAAAAGGGCACAAAAAUUACCGCUGUCAGCGCCUCUGACGCAGAUGACGGAUCUAAUGGUAUGAUAAAGUAUUACAUUUCAAACAAAAUGGAUGCCUUGACGGAUGUAUUCACAAUAGAUCGAGUAAGUGGAGAGAUCACAAUAAACGGUGAGGUAGACUAUGAAAUUUCGAGCAACUACCAAAUUGACAUCCAAGCAAAAGAUCAAGGAGGUCUUUCUGAUUCAUGUAAGUUGGUGAUUGAUGUGUUAGACAUAAAUGAUAAUAAACCUAUUAUCAAUGUGCUUUCUAUGUCCAAAUCUAUUUCAGAGGAGGCGCCACUCGAUACAGUAGUCGCAAUGAUCAAUGUAAAUGAUCCUGAUUCUGGUACAAACGGACAAGUAUACUGUAUAAUAAAUGACAAUAUUCCAUUUUCUAUCAAAUCUCCAUCAUAUAAUUUCUUCAGCGUGCGAACCCAGCAGGAACUGGACAGGGAGAAAAAAGCAGCUUAUAAUAUCAGCGUAACAUGCUCUGACGAAGGAGUGCCCCAGCUUUCCAGCGUCGUCUCCUUACAGUUACAGAUAUCAGAUGUAAAUGAUAAUGCGCCUGCCUUCGAGAAAAAGUACUAUGAAUCCUUUGUCAUUGAAAACAAUACACCAGGUCAUUCUAUAUUCACAGUGAAGGCAAGUGAUACGGACUGUAAUCAGAAUGCUCGUGUUUCGUACAUUCUAGAGGAAAGCACUGUUAAUGGCCUAUCAAUUUCAUCAUACGUGUCAAUUAAUGCUGACAGUGGAGUUAUAAGUGCUGUGCGUUCUUUUGACUAUGAACAGUUAAAAUACUUCAUUUUUCGCGUGAAAGCACAGGAUGGUGGCUCUCCUCCACUCAGCAGUAAUGUUACAGUUAAAAUUAUCAUCCAGGACCAGAAUGACAACGCACCACAGAUUCUUUACCCAGUACAAACUGGUGGCUCCGUGGUGGCUGAAAUGGUGCCUCGUUCAGCUGAUGUUGGCUACCUGGUCACUAAAGUUGUAGCAGUUGAUGUGGACUCUGGGCAGAAUGCCUGGCUCUCCUAUAAACUCCAGAAAUCGAUGGACAGGGCUCUGUUUGAAGUUGGAGCACAGAAUGGAGAAAUACGAACAGUGCGUCAGGUCACUGAUACAGAUGUCAUGAAACACAGGCUCAUUGUUGCUGUGGAAGAUAAUGGACAACCCUCUCGUUCAGCUACAGUCAUUGUCAAUGUGGCCAUAGCAGACAGUUUUCCUGAAGUGCUCUUAGAAUUCAACAGCUUUCAUCAUGACACAAAGUAUACUGACAAUCUGACUUUUUAUUUAAUUUUGGCUCAGGCUGUGGUUUCAGUACUCUUCAUUUCUGCAGUAAUUGCCAUCAUUUCAGUCAAAAUCUACAGAUGGAGGCAAACAAGACUGAUUUAUAAAUCUGGAACAAAUCUGCCAGUGAUUCCAUAUUACCCACCAGUCUAUGCUGAUGGUACUUUACAGCGCGUUUACGAUUAUGAGAUGUGUGGAACAACUGAUUCACGGAUGAGUGACAUCAAGUUUGUCAGGCCUUACAGUCAGAACACACUGGUGAAUAUGAGUCGUGCUGGCACUUUCGAAAGAGAAAAGAAAGAACAGAUGGAUACCAAUCUCUCUUUAGAGGUGAGACUUUUUCAUAACCCCUCUGUUCGACUGAUAUACAUUGUAGCACAUGAGUUUUACAAUGGGUGGCUUUGUAGAUAUGCCCUGGAGAGAAUGAAUAUCAAGUUGUAA